AUGAAAGAUAAGCAAGACUAUGAUCAAGACGAGGAGUUACUCCUAGGUUGCAACAAUAAUGCAUAUCCAUUACCAGGGCAAUAUCAAAGUGAUACACCGUAUAGUCAGCUUGAUGAGCUCUCCAAAGCUUCAUUGCUACAUGACAAAAGAUAUCUAUUUGGUGUUAGGAUUGAUGGUGACAAUGGUCCAAGAUGGGGAACGCACCAAGUGGCUCAACAUACUUCAACUCUACCGCUCGGUAUUCAAGAAAUUAAUAAUAUUGAGUCUGAAGUUACCACAACAGAGAACGACCGCGACACCAACUACGUCCAUAAAGGAUGGCUCAUUUCUGCUCUACAAGACAAGUCACCGUGGACUUUGUCCAGAAUGCUCCGCAUCGAACUUUUGGUUCAGGACCUAUCGCCGAUUGCAGAGCUUGAGGAUGCGUUUUCCAAAGCUUUGAACCUGCCUACUCAAUUUGAGAAGGCCAAUGCCACCUAUCGGGUGUUUGAGAAUUGGGGCGACGUUGUUCCUUUGGUAUUUGAUAUUGGGGUGUCUUUGACGGUAACCGAUUCCGAAUCAAUUGCAAUGAAUUAUUUGGCGGAACAAUCCUAUCUAGGACUUCAAAGGCUAUCAAUGUCGGCAACAGCUAGGAUCUCCACACAGGGCGGACACCCAACUAUGCUACAAAGUGAAGACAAUAUCCGGGAAUGGCUAGGCAAAUCAGGUUUGCUCAUUCUUAAUUAA